CUAUCUCAAACUGCCUUAAGUUUUCAGACAACUUCUGAAGAACUGGCCUGCAGUUAAUAUUUUCCGACGAGUGAAAUUCAGAGGCGGUUUUCAUUCUCAGUAAACAAACACUUUAUUUAUUUAUUUUUUAUUAUUGUGAUUUAUUUUUGGAACUUUUUUUUUUUUGGGUGUAUGAGGGUACUGCCGAGCUCGAAUGUGAAAAAGGGUCUGACACAGAACAGUCUAAGUUGCAGUGUUGAAAGAGCUAGUUGAAGUUUGGAGGUUCCAGGCACAGAUGCUAAUGUGAGUAUCUGACUUGCUGGAAAUAUCAAAGUUGUCAGCUCUAUUUGGUUGUUUUAUGAAAGUGUUGGUCUAUGAAUGGAAGCAAGAGAAGGUAUUAGUUCAGGGGUUACUGUGAUAGGAGCAGAAGCUCCAUCAGCUUAUCAUGUAGCGCCGAGGUCCGAAAACAACCAGAGCCAGAACCAGCCUGCUGGUGCACCGGCAGCGACUGCUGCUUCACCCGUGAGCGUGGGAUUGGCCGUAACAACUGGAAAGAAGAAGAGAGGUAGACCGAGGAAGUAUAACCCAGAUGGGGCGGUCUCUAUGGCAUUGUCUCCAAUGCCGAUUUCAUCUUCUGCUCCACCUGGAGGCGACUUCUCAGUCACGAAGCGUGGGAAAGUGCGGCCAAGUGGUUUGGAGUAUAAGCAGCAUAAGAAAGUGGCAACGGAACAUUUUGGAGAGUUCAACGCAUGUUCUGUUGGUACAAAUUUUAUGCCCCAUAUAAUCAAUGUCAAUACUGGCGAGGACGUCACAAUGAAGGUUAUAUCUUUUUCUCAACAAGGACCUCGAGCUAUUUGCAUCUUAUCUGCUAAUGGAGUAAUUUCAAAUGUUACACUUCGUCAGCCUGAUUCUUCUGGGGGUACUUUAACGUAUGAGGGUCGUUUUGAGAUACUUUCCUUGUCUGGAUCUUUCAUUCCUACUGAGACUCAAGGGACAAGGAGCAGGUCAGGCGGGAUGAGUGUCUCUUUGGCAAGCCCUGAUGGUCGUGUUGUCGGGGGAGGAGUUGCUGGACUUCUUGUAGCUGCUAGUCCAGUGCAGGUUGUCGUCGGCAGUUUUCUACCUAGUAACCAGCUUGAGCCGAAACCAAAGAAGCUGAAGAAUGAGUCCAACCCUGCCAUUGCUGCACCAGCUACUACUACCAUAGCUACUGUGGUACCUGCUUUUAAUGCUGAAAAUGAAGAGAGCAUGGGAGGAGGAAAUGGACAGCAAAAUUCUAGCACCCCAAGACCAAACCUUGCUUCUUCCUCCGCGUUCCGAAGAGAAAACUGGGCAAUCCUGCACGACUCUAGAAACUCCGGAACCGAUAUCAAUAUAUCUUUACCUGGAGGUUAACAUGAAAGCUGCAAUCAUCAAGUAUUAUCUUGGAAGUCUCUUGCUGACUGUAUUGUUUCCUGAUCUUGGUCUUUUAUAAUGUAUUAGUCUUGCUUCUAAUUUCUGUCUUUAAAAGUUAUCGAUUGUUGUAAUAGGAGGAAGUAGGGGAACAGUUUCUGAACUUCCAACUAGGUUUAUACAUUCUUAUCAGGUAGGACAUCUGAUUUGUAGGCUAAUUAUGUAGGUUGUCUCUGCAGGUAUUACCAGUAGAAUCUUUUCAUGUAAUUUGCAACUGCUCUGCCUACUUAUGACCAAAUUUAUCAGUGAGUUUUUUCCAAA